AUGGACAUGCGUGGAAAUGAUGAUCGUUCCCCAAAGGAAUCGGGAGGCUCAAAUCAUAUCACUGGAAAAAAUAAACUGCUUUCAGGAGAGGCAGGUGAUACUCCAGAUUCCAAGAAACCAAAGCUCCCAAAUGAUUCAAAGGAGGAAGAAAGACCUUCGAUCCAUCCAUUGUCAGAGAUGGAGCAGCCUAAAGGAGUCGACACAUUACCUGAAUUAGUGGGCAGUAGUCAUCCUUCUCGGGAUGUUAGCAACCAGGUCUCGAGGCAACUAUUUGGGCCCGCUGAAUUAGGUAUCCGUAUGCUUGACGAAACGUCAACAAAUUUUCUGCAACCGUCACCGUCGUUGAUAACACAAAUUGUGCAAAAAUUCCUUGUUGAAUUAGACGCAGGUGAGUUUUUGUUCGAAGAAGUUACUCGCCAUCAUCAAUCAAGCAUAAGCGAGAAUUUUUUGUCCUGCCAUUUUUCAGCGGACGGAAGAUUUUUGGCAUGUGCUGGACAUGGGAAGAAGGUUACAAUUUGGAACAAGGAAGAUUCUAAUUUUGCCAUUACAGAAAAAUCACAUUCAGAUGUGAUCACAGAAGUUCGAUUUCGUCCAAAUCACCGGUCAACUAUGUAUGCUACAUCUUCCUAUGAUCGAACUGUAAAAACAUGGGAUGCAGCCUAUCCGGACAUUGAAUAUGCCACUCUUAAUGCGGAUUUUGGCUAUCCAAUAUUGUCAUUGGAUUUCCACCCGAGAGAUCGUGACUAUCUUUGCUGCUGCGAUGCUAAUGAUUUAAUUCAGCUGUGGAAUGUAUAUCACAAUGCUUACAUGAAGAGCUUUAAGGGAGGUACUCAACAAGUUAGAUACCAGCCUCGAUUUGGGAAGCUUUUAGCUGCAGCUUCAGGAAAGUUUAUCAAUAUAUUUGAAACAGAGAAUUACAAAAUCCGGAACAAACUAGAGGGACAUAACAAAGAAGUUAUUUCCAUUUGCUGGGAUCAAACUGGAAACUACAUUGCCUCAGUUAGUGAAGAUGAGGCACACUUCUGGUCCGCUGCCCCACAAGGAGGUUUACUACAUGUUUUGGCUUGCAAACACGGGAAAUUUGAGUCGUGCAUUUUUCAUCCUAAAUAUCCUAACCUCGUAAUUAUUGCUGGCCAUAAGUGCCUGGAAUUUUGGAUUCCUCAGAGAGAGCAUUCAUUGAACUUUUUUGAUGGUGGUGAUGGGAUAUUUACUGGACUAGCAACUUCACCCCAAAAUCAAAGGGUUGCCUCAAUUAGCCGUGAUCGCGUGAAACUUUGGAAAAUAAGUUCCUAG